UGCAUAACACCAAAAGAAAAAUGGCUUAUUAUAUUAAGAGUUGAUUUAAAAAAAAUUAUCACAUUAUGCAGUGUCCAAAGUUAUAAAAUACCCAACAUGAUACAGGAUAACGAAUAGCAUGUUUUAAACAUAUAUUAUUGGAAAUUGCUGUGGUUUCUUGUGUAAAUUGGUGUAUUGAUUUGAAUUCAUUGCCUAGGUAUUGUAAUAAUAAAAAGACUUUUCAAAUCUUUCCAUAAUGCAUAGUAAACUUAGGGAUGUUAAAUAGGAGAGAUUCAGGAUCAGUUCACAUAUUAUAUGAUUUACAUACCAUACGUGAUAUAACGUCUUAUAAAGUCAAAAUAUUUUAGAAGACAAAUGUGUUUUACUAUAACUACCAUUUCUUAAUUUUCCAAACACACCUUCCUGAUAUGAACCAGAUAUUAAAAAUUCAACAUGAUCUUUGCAGAGAGCCUUUCCCUUAAGAUAUCCAGGAAAGAUGUUAGGAUAUAGUCACAUUAUGUUUUUUCAGGAUUCAAGUCAUUUUAAAAUUAAAACAGCAAUCCUAAUAUGUUCCUAUUCACUGUUUUUAUAAUAGUUAUUAAAUGGUAUGAUGUGAUUAAGUAUUAUUCACUUUUUUCCAAGUAAUAGUAUCUGUACAUUUUAGUUAUAUACAGGAGAGGAAGUUAAAAUCCUCGUGCUAUUGGUUGGGGACUGCCCCCAUAUAUAUACACACAACCCUGGCAUUGUUGUAUUUAGUUGUAUUUAUAUUUAAAUUAUAGGUGUCUUUUUGUUCAACAAUUGAGUGUUAUACAGUUCUAGAAAAUUGUACAUCACAAAUUUAAGAGGUGAAAUAGCUUUAUUGAUGAGAUUAUUGAAAUAAUUUGAUUGCUUACGAGUUGAAUUAGAAGACAUACAAUUAUUAACAGACUUGCUGCUAUUACGUUGAACCAAUAUAAUGUGCUUGGUGUUUUUUAAAGGUUAGAUUUUUCAUUUGCAUAUUGUCAUUCUCAGAUCUGCUCAGGUUUGACGUUGGUAGAUGUGUGUGUACCCAUACACACAUUUUACCCAUAUUUCUGAUGUAAUGGCUUUAUGGAAUGUUGAUGUUUAAUGAAUACUGUAAUGUUUGCAGAAAUGCUCCAGGAGAAGGCCUCAGCUGUGACGGAUGAGGCUGUGAAUGCAGCCCAGCCAAGUGGGCUUCCUGAGCUCACCACUGACUCCGCGCACAUGGGUCUGCCUACAACUCCCAGCAUCCCCAGCAACAGCGAGCCCGAUCAGAGCAUAGAGAAUAUCAAGGUGAUCCUCCAUGAACGAGAACUGUGGAAAAGGUUCCAUGAGGCAGGAACCGAGAUGAUCAUAACCAAAGCUGGGAGGAGGAUGUUCCCAAGCUAUAAGGUGAAGGUCAGUGGGAUGAACCCAAAAACUAAAUACAUCCUCCUUGCCGACAUCGUUCCUGCAGAUGAUCACCGCUACAAAUUCUGCGAUAACAAAUGGAUGGUGGCUGGGAAGGCAGAGCCGGCCAUGCCUGGACGGCUGUAUGUGCACCCAGACUCCCCAGCCACAGGGUCUCACUGGAUGCGGCAGCUGGUCUCCUUCCAGAAGAUGAAGCUUACCAACAACCACCUGGACCCUUUUGGCCACAUCAUUCUCAACUCUAUGCACAAGUACCAGCCCAGGUUGCACAUCGUCAAGGCGGACGAAAACAACGCCUUCGGCUCCAAGAACACGGCGUACUGUACUCACGUCUUCCACGAAACCGCCUUCAUCUCCGUGACAUCCUACCAGAACCACAAGAUUACCCAGCUGAAAAUUGAAAACAACCCGUUCGCCAAGGGCUUUCGAGGCAGCGAUGAGGGGGAUCUGCGUGUGUCCAGGCUGCAGGGGAAGGACUACCCCAUGAUUUCCAAGAGCAUGGUGCGCCAGAGGCUCAUCUCCUCGCACAGUCACCUAGCAGGGAAGCUGGGUGCGGGGAUGCUAGGUGGCCACCCACAGGUCCUCUCCCACUACCAGUAUGAGAGCGGGGUCCCCCUGUCCGGUGCAGAUUCCCAGGAGACCCUCGGCAACCACUUCCCCUCCAGCCGGGAACCCAGUCUGCUCUACCACUGCUUCAAGCACAGAGAUAACAGCAGCAGGCACCUGGAGCUUGGCUGCAAGCGGCCUUAUCUGGAGACCACAGCCCAGGCUGUCUCGGAGGAGCACUACUUCCGGCCCUCUUCCUCCUACGAGCCGCCCCUGCUCACACAUCCCUACUGCGGGGAGGCCCUGAGCUCCAGGGAGGCCUGCAUGUACGGAGGAGUGGAAGGAGAAGCCGGCCCGGGACCUGGAGGUGCAGGUGGGGAGGACUUGCCAACGCCCUCCCUUAACUGCAACAUGUGGGCAUCGGUGCAGCCGUAUCCGCGCUACGGCGUGCAGGCUGUGGACGGCGUGCCCUACCAGCCCUUCGCCACCCACUUCACCAGCUCGGCCCCCGUGGUGCCGCACCACUCGCCCACCAUGCAGCGUCCGCAACCUCCACCCCCAGACCUUGUCUUCGGCACACAGCGUGCUCUGCCCCCAGCGCCUUCCUACUCUUCAUCCACAUCUUCUUCCUCUCCGCCCGGAGUGAGCUCUCGGGAUCGGGUGGGCCACGCUUCUCUGUACCACCACAGGAAACCCGACUCACCCCUCCGGACCCACAGGGAUUUUUCCAGCUUCCCCACCCAAAGCCCCUCCACACGUGACUCAGCCUAUCAGUAUCAGAUGGGGCUGUCUGGGGUGGGAGCCCACUGGACUGACAGCUAGAGGAACACUUGGAUGCAUGGGGGGUGGGGUGUAUUCAGCACGUGACCACCUUACCUGUCAGGUGUGAGGGUGCACAUCUGUGUCGUACCUUGGUGCUGCCCCAGAAGCAUUUGAGAUUACAGUUCUAGACAGCCAUAGCAUUGGUGCUGAAUUGCACACUCAAGCCAUAGUUAGUGAGCUGAGUCAUCCAACCCUUGCAGUGUUUGCUUGGUCUGUGGUUUGUGCCAAUUAAAUAUUUAUUUCAGCUGGUUCAUGACGGUAACGAUCAGUGUGUAUGGAGAGGAUGAAGAAAUUGUGCAUUUUGCAAAGCAUGAUAUCUUCAAAAUAAGCGAUGUACGUCUCAUGGUCUUUUUGACAACUUGGGAAAAAAUAAGCGCAAAAUGUACAAAUUAUGCUCGUGACAUGCUGGGAUUGAAAAUGUCUACAGUCUGACACGUAUCCAUUUGUCUGACCUAUAUUAUACAUGUAAAUUUAUAUUUUAUGUAUGUGAAGUAUUGAUUGAAAGAUUGAGUAGACUAAAUAGGCUGGUUCGACAGCUUUUACCAGUGCAGGUCCAUAUGCAGGUACAGUCAUAAGUGCCAUUUGAAGUAACAGGUAACGGUUGUGUCUGUGAGACUAGGAUUUGAUACAGGCCCUAGCUCAACAGUAAAAUUUGAUACAAAGUUAUCCUUAUGCAGUACCUUAAGUUGCACUAAAACAAGAUGAAAUACCAAAAUAAUGUACAACUAGGUAAUUGUUUUGAAAGAUUUAUCAGCAGUUAAUAAAUAACUGUAAUAUUAUUAGAUAAUAUGUUUCAGAUUAUAUAAGUAACUCUUAAUGUAUAGGGUUCAAGGUUACAGAGACUGUUUUGUGCCAAGUUAAUCUUUACAGCUUCUCUGGACCCAUGGCAUAUUUAUGCUAAAGCUGCGCUUAAAGCUUAAUUUUGUUUUGAUUGAAAAAAGAACCCAGAUUUUGAAGUGACCUGUGCAGUUACCAUAGGGAUAACCCAGCGGAAAGACUGGAAGCAAACUGCAGUUAUUUGUGGCUUAGAUUGUAGGCAAGAACAACUUAAAGGAGAGCCUGAACUGGGUCUUGUUUGGCAAAGGUCGGCACUCGAGAACAGUCUGCAGCUCCUGGGAUGUCCGAAUUGGGCCUUGGGUGUUUCCUUUCUCUCUCUCUCUCUCUCUCCACCCGGAGCUCGACCCAUCUGAUCUGCAUCCCGGGUUCAGGCUGAUGCAGUCCAGAACAGUGUGCUUCACAGAGAGGGACAUCAGAGAAGCCCCAUGCAACCAGAUGGGGGCUUAGGAGCCGUCCUUAAGCCAGGAGGAGAGCCGAACAGAACAGAGAGCUCUGCUCAAAUCCCAGAUCCAAACGACUGAGUUGGAUAACAUCCCUACAAGACUGAAAAUGUUAAACAGUUUCAGCCAGCUGAAAGCCACAAAGCAAGUCUCAAAAGUGUAGCAGACAAAACAAAGUGAAGCCUGCACUAGUUUUGAAAACAUUACGGAUGUUGGGGAAGAAAGGAAAAAAAAUUACAUGGCAGCCUUUGACCCAAUGUGUAAGGGAUUACUUUGAAUAUUUCAGUGUUUUUUUGCACACAUUUGUUGAAUAAAUUGUAUUGUUUGCCUCCCA